UCUAGCUUGUUUGAAGGCGUGGGCACUUGGGAACUGGACUUCUGCUCGAAUCCUGGCCAGGGGCUUGGGAAGGAGGAUUGGGGGAAGUUGCUUACUGGAGGGUUGAUAGAGGCCUUCCUCCUAAUGUCCCCCCUCAUUUGGGGUCUCCCGUGGGGAUAAACAAAUUAGGCUUUUGGGUUUUUUGGAGGGCUGGUUUUGUUUUGUUUUUUUUUUUUGUUUGUUUUGUUUUGUUUUGUUUUCUGUGUUGUGUUUCUUAAAAAGCCAGCCGCAGUGAAGGAGAGCUGCCGCAGGUCGAGGGAGGAGAGCCAGGAGGCAGGUGCUACUGACAUCUAGUGGAAAGAGGCCAGGGAUCCUGCUGCACAUCCAUCCUGCAAUGCUCAGGACAGCCCCCACAACAAAGAACUAUCCCAGCUGAAAUGUCAGUAGUGCCAGGGUUGAGAAACCCUGCUCGAGACAGCAAACGUUAAGGUCACCGUGAAGGAAAGUUACAUCUCAGAAUGGGCCUUGAAGGAGGUGGUUCUUGACCGGUGAGCGAGGACGUCAAGUUUGGGAAGCCAAUCUAGGAGACCUGUGCUCUGCUCGGCCUGAAGAAGUGCACGGCUGUCUGUAACGUGCCGGGUCCCAGGAUGGAGGAGUGAAGUCUCUGUCGCCGCUGGUGCCAGCCUGCGGAGCGCCCCCCUCCCCCCGGAAGCCAAGUCCCCGGAGAGCGCCCUGAGGGAGCAGGGUGGCCGCCUGGUCCAGGAAUGUUUACCCUUGCGGAAGUUGCUUCACUUAAUGACAUUCAACCAACUUACCGAAUCCUGAAACCAUGGUGGGACGUGUUUAUGGAUUACCUGGCUGUCGUUAUGUUGAUGGUAGCCAUCUUUGCGGGAACCAUGCAACUUACCAAAGAUCAGGUGGUCUGCUUGCCGGUAUUGCCAUCUCCUGUAAAUUCAAAGGCACACACCCCACCGGGAAAUGCCGACGUUACCACCAAUAUCCCCAAGAUGGAAGCAGCCACUGACCAAGACCAAGAUGGGCGGACGACAAGUGACAUUUCCUUUGGCACAUCUGCUGUGACACCUGACAUACCUCUCAGAGCCACAUACCCUCACACAGAUUCGACAGUUUCAAAUCAGGAGACAAAGAAAGAGAAGAAGGAUCCAACAGGCCGAAAAACAAACUUGGAUUUUCAGCAAUACGUAUUUAUUAAUCAGAUGUGUUACCAUCUGGCCCUUCCGUGGUAUUCUAAGUACUUUCCAUACCUUGCUCUUAUACAUACUAUUAUUCUCAUGGUCAGUAGCAACUUUUGGUUCAAAUAUCCAAAAACAUGCUCAAAAGUAGAACAUUUUGUUUCAAUAUUAGGAAAGUGCUUUGAGUCUCCGUGGACUACUAAAGCGUUGUCUGAGACAGCGUGCGAAGACUCAGAGGAAAACAAGCAGAGAAUAACAGGUGCCCAGACUCUACCAAAGCAUGUGUCUACCAGCAGUGAUGAAGGGAGCCCCAGUGCCAGUACCCCGAUGAUCAACAAAACAGGCUUCAAAUUUUCAGCCGAGAAGCCUGUGAUCGAAGUCCCCAGCAUGACCAUCCUUGAUAAAAAAGAUGGGGAGCAGGCCAAAGCCCUGUUCGAGAAAGUAAGGAAGUUCCGUGCUCACGUGGAAGACAGUGACUUGAUCUAUAAGCUCUACGUGGUCCAAACAUUUAUCAAAACAGCCAAAUUCAUUUUUAUCCUCUGCUAUACCGCAAACUUUGUCAACGCAAUCAGCUUUGAACACGUCUGCAAGCCCAAAGUGGAGCACCUGACUGGUUACGAGGUAUUUGAGUGCACCCACAAUAUGGCUUACAUGCUGAAAAAGCUUCUCAUCAGUUACAUAUCCAUUAUUUGUGUUUAUGGUUUUAUCUGCCUCUACACUCUCUUCUGGUUAUUCAGGAUACCUUUAAAGGAAUAUUCUUUUGAAAAAGUCAGAGAAGAGAGCAGCUUCAGUGACAUUCCAGAUGUCAAGAAUGAUUUUGCGUUCCUUCUACACAUGGUAGACCAAUAUGACCAGCUCUAUUCGAAGCGCUUUGGUGUGUUCUUGUCGGAAGUCAGUGAAAAUAAACUUAGGGAAAUCAGUUUGAACCACGAGUGGACGUUUGAAAAACUCAGGCAGCACGUGUCCCGCAACGCCCAGGACAAGCAGGAGCUGCAUCUGUUUAUGCUGUCAGGCGUGCCCGAUGCUGUCUUUGACCUCACAGACCUGGAUGUGCUCAAACUUGAACUGAUUCCGGAAGCUAAAAUUCCCGCUAAGAUUUCUCAGAUGACUAACCUCCAAGAGCUUCACCUCUGCCACUGCCCUGCAAAAGUGGAACAGACUGCUUUUAGCUUUCUCCGAGAUCACUUGAGAUGCCUUCACGUGAAGUUCACCGAUGUAGCAGAAAUUCCUGCCUGGGUAUAUUUGCUCAAAAACCUUCGAGAGUUGUACUUGAUAGGCAAUUUGAACUCUGAAAACAAUAAGAUGAUCGGACUUGAAUCUCUCCGAGAGUUGCGGCACCUUAAGAUUCUCCACGUGAAGAGUAACUUGACCAAAGUUCCCUCCAACAUUACAGAUGUGGCUCCGCAUCUUACAAAGUUAGUCAUUCACAAUGACGGCACUAAACUCUUGGUACUGAACAGCCUUAAGAAAAUGAUGAAUGUCGCCGAGCUUGAACUUCAGAACUGUGAGCUGGAGAGAAUUCCCCAUGCUAUUUUCAGCCUCUCAAAUUUGCAGGAACUGGAUUUAAAAUCGAAUAACAUACGCACAAUUGAGGAGAUCAUCAGUUUCCAGCAUUUAAAACGACUGACGUGUUUAAAAUUAUGGCAUAAUAAGAUUGCCACCAUUCCUCCCUCCAUCACCCACGUCAAAAACUUGGAGUCACUUUAUUUCUCUAACAACAAGCUCGAAUCCUUACCGGUGGCAGUGUUCAGUUUACAGAAACUCAGAUGCUUAGACGUGAGCUACAACAACAUUUCGGCGAUUCCCAUAGAAAUAGGAUUGCUUCAGAACCUGCAGCAUUUGCAUAUCACCGGGAACAAAGUGGACAUUCUGCCAAAACAGUUGUUCAAAUGCGUGAAGUUGAGGACUUUGAAUCUGGGGCAAAACUGCAUCACCUUCCUCCCCGAGAAGAUUGGUCAGCUCUCCCAGCUCACUCAGCUGGAGCUGAAGGGCAACUGCUUGGACCGCCUGCCAGCCCAGCUGGGCCAGUGUCGCCUGCUCAAGAAAAGCGGGCUUGUUGUGGAAGACCAUCUUUUUGACACCCUGCCACUCGAAGUCAAAGAAGCAUUGAAUCAAGACAUAAAUAUUCCCUUCGCGAAUGGGAUCUGAACUGAGGUGAUACGUGCACAUCCGUGUGCAGGAACCACUUCCUAGAUUGCAAACACUCACGUACAAGUUAUUGCAAGAUAAUGCAUUUUAGGAGUAGAUACAUCUUUAAAAAUAAAACACAGAGAGGACGCAUAGAAGGCUGAUAGAAGACAUAACUGAAUGUUCCAUGUUUGUAGUGUUUUCAGGCAUUCCUUUCCAGAUCUUUUCUCUUUUCUUUUUUUCUUUUGGGGAAAGGGAAGGAACGAUUAUAAUCACUAAUCUUGGUUUCUUUUUAAAUUGUUUGUAACUUGGAUGCUGCCGCUACUGAAUGUUUACAAAUUGCUUGCCUGCUAAAGUAAAUGAUUAAAUUGGCAUUUUUCUUACUCUA